CAGCGGCUCCCGUUGGCCAAAUAGGGAAGCGGAGCGGCCGGGAAUCGCCGCGCUUCGCUUCUCGGAGCGCCGAUUCGUAUCGUGCAGGGAGGAGGGCCCACCCCGGAUCUCAGCCAUCUUUCGAGGGGGGGCAGGGACGGUAGCCGGCGAUGGCAGAGGCAGGGCUGGGGGGCUUCUGAGUUCACCGAGCCGAUCCCCCACCCCCCUGACCAUGAUGAAUCCCAAGGAAGGCGCGGCGCCGCUGGAGAAAUACAAGCUGGUGGUGGUCGGCGGAGGCGGCGUGGGCAAGAGCGCGCUCACCAUCCAAUUCAUCCAGUCAUAUUUUGUCUCGGACUAUGACCCCACAAUUGAGGACUCGUACACAAAAAUCUGCAACAUUGAUGGCACCUCCACACGGCUGGAUAUUCUGGACACAGCUGGCCAGGAGGAGUUUGGGGCCAUGAGAGAGCAGUAUAUGCGUACUGGGGAAGGUUUCCUCCUCGUCUAUGCCAUCAAUGAUCGUGGCAGUUUCAAUGAGAUCCACAAGUUUCACACUCAGAUACUUCGAGUGAAAGACCGUGACGACUUUCCUAUGAUCCUUGUGGGGAAUAAGGCUGACCUUGACCUUUAUCGGCAGGUACCCAAGGAGGAGGCCCUCAGCUUUGCCCGGGAGAAUCGGAUCCCGUACAUGGAAGCCUCUGCCAAAAUCCGCCUCAACGUGGAUGAAUCUUUCUAUGAGCUAGUCAGGGCCAUCAGGAGGUUUCAUGAGCUGGAAUCGCCCCCUGCCCCGGCUGUCAGCCCUAAGAAGAAAGAAAGCAAAGGCUGUCCUUGUUCCCUGCUGUAAACUGCCUUCCCACACCAAGCUACAAAGCCCGGAAAGGGAAGAACAACUGCUCAGGUUCCCUCCUAAGGAGUGGGCGCGGCAGGAUUUCUCCCUUAUCUCCACCUCCCCACACCUCUCACCCCCCUCACCUAUGCAACAAGGGCUGGCAAUGUGUAUUCUGCAGUUGUGUCCAAAUACUACAAUACGUUCCUGCAAACAGGAACAGGUCAGGAAGCAGAUAAAUCAUGUACCCACUCAACACCCACUAAAUAGGCAGGAAAUAGGUUAUAUACACGAUGACUGGGACGAGGUGCGGGAAGAGUACUCAGUGCCUUCCUAUCCUGUUCCCCCACCUUUCUCUGUUAAGUCUUCAGAGAAAACUGGCAAGAAGGGGAAUCUCCUACACCAGGGGGUAGGAGCAGAGGCGGAUUUGGGGCUUUCAGAGAUGCCAAAAUUUGGUGCUGUGCCCCCUGCCUCAAAUCCCAGUGCGGGUGAACCGGUCACGCUUCUCUAAAUCUGCCCAUAGUAGAAGGCAGAGCAAUUUGAGAAAUAUAGGUUCAUGGGUUUAAAUCCGGAAAGAAUAGGAUAGUCUGGUUUUAGGAUGGGUGAGAGAGUGGGCAGGAAAACGAGGGGCUCAGACUCUUCAAUGUAGCCAGAGCCAGCAAGCUUUUUGCACAUACACACUUUUAUGUACAUGUUCAAAGCCGUAUUGUACAAACGCAUCUAAAGGGGUGUUAUCUAUUUUUUAAAAACUCACAGCCAUCAUUAUGCACAGCACAUGAUUAAUAGGAACAGUCAAUAAAAAUUAAGCAAGGAAUUUUA